AGUCCUACUCGAGCUUCGCACUCCUUUUUCAGCUCUAAUAAGUUUUGCCUUUCUCCUGCAGGAGACAAUAAACAGUCGCACCACCACGUGAUCCGACAAAAUCACCCACCCCACCUAGAAAUCCUCCCCGGACCAAACACGACAACACAACUUCAAAAUGAACAUCCCAGGAAUGACUCCCGGCAUGGCCCCCGCAGGCGCAACCGCAGGAGCCGGACUCCCCGGUGCCGGUGCCGGAAUGCAGGGUAUGAGCGAGCAGGAACAGGCAAUGGUGAAAGCGAUGCACGCCGCCAUGGAAUCUUGUCCCGUGAAGACUGUUAUAUCCGGUACGAUGGGAUUCGGUCUUGGUGGUGUGUUUGGAUUGUUUAUGGCUAGUAUGUCCUACGACUCAACCUUCACUCCCCAAGGAAAAGCCAUCAUGGACCUCCCCUGGCGCGAACAAGUCCGCCGCGGUUUCAAAGACAUGGGCUCCCGCUCCUGGUCGUCGGCCAAGAACUUCGGUAUCGUGGGUGCGUUGUACUCGGGCACGGAAUGCUGUGUCGAGGGACUGCGCGCCAAGAACGAUCUCUCGAACAGUGUGAUCUCGGGCUGUAUCACGGGUGGUAUUCUCGGUGCGAAGGCGGGUCCUCAGGCUGCCGCGGCUGGUUGUGCGGGUUUCGCGGCGUUUAGUGCGGCGAUUGAUGCUUAUAUGAGGAUGCCGAGUGAGGAGUGAGCUGGUGCGUGCGUGCGUGCGUGCGUGUGUAUAGAGUUGACGUAAUUCUGGGUGGGCGUUUUUGUUUGGGAUAGAGCGGCAUUUUUUGGGCGUUUGGGGUUACUUUCCUUCUUUUGCUCUUGGGGUGGAAUCACUGCUCUCAUGGGUUGGGGGUUUUGUGAUGUACGACGUUGUAUUAUGGGACUCACUGCUCCGAUUGUAUUAUAGUGUAUAUGAGGUUAGAAUUGUAUAGACUAUCUACGCUUUAGUAUUUAUGGGUUUAUUGGGGGUGGGUUGGUUGUAGGUUGUAUUGUAGUUGAGCUUUAAUGAAGAUAUAGAGCUUGA